CAAGAGGAAGGACUCACAACGCCGAAAGCAGCAGAGCAGUGUGGUAUACCUUGUAGCUCUGCUUACAGGUUACUGGACGAGUUCAACGCUGGUUCUGGCACAGUUCUUCCUGGAAGAGUAAAGAAGCAACUUCAGCGUGAGCCAAAAAAGCUGUUUCUUGAACAUACAGCUUUUUUGAUCAAGCUAUUUAAUGAUAAUCCUUCAAUUGUUCUUGUGGAAGCAAAACAAAGGUUA